AUGAAACAGCAGGGAGCAGGUCUCAAACCCUCAACCUUCGAGCCUGAGGUCCGGCUCGCUAUCGACUUUUUAGGCUGGGUUUCUGUACAGCACUUUGAGAUAUCAGCUGAUGACAUAAGAAAAGUGGCACAGGUUCUGGAACAGACGGCGAGGGAGAUCCUGACCCUGUUCCAAAGUGUCCAUCAACCAUCUGGCUUCAAAGAGGUCCCCAGUAAGUGCGCAAAGGCCAAGGAACUGUUUUGUACAGUCAGGACGCAACUUGGGGAACUCAAAAACAAGUUCCCAGUGGAGCAGUACUACAGGUUCCACGAGCACUGGAGGUUUGUUCUGCAGCGCCUGGCCUUCCUGGCAGCGUUCGAGGUCUACCUGGAGAUCGAGGUGGUGCGAAAGAAGGAAUUCCACCUGGAUGUUGAAGAUUACCUGGCAGGUGUGCUGAUCAUGGCCAGUGAACUGUCUCGCCUGGCGGUGAACAGCAUCACAGCAGGGGACUAUGGCCGACCCCUCCGAAUCUCCAAAGAGCUGGAUUCUGGCUUCCGACUGCUUAACCUCAAGAACGACCCCCUGAGGAAGCGCUACGACGACCUGUCUAUCCGUGGCCUGACCAAGGAGUAGGAGGAAACUAGUAGAGCUGUUGGGUGUGGAGGUGUAGGGCUGGGGCUCUACCCUCGCUGGCACCUGACCUCUCCAUAACUGGGACUGUGGAGUCUUGACCUGCUGAAUGGCAGGAAUAGGAGGUCUGUGGCCCCAGUAGCAUAGGACAGACUUGUGCAUGAAUGACAGUCUUGUCAGUGGGGUUUGAAAGCCUUUGAUAUAGAGGCACAGUUUGAAGGGGAGGGGUUGUUCCAGUUUGAUUACUGCUGUUUGGAAAUGUUCACUGUAAUAUACAACAUCAUACUGUAAUAUGCCUGUUAUUAUCUUUCAGUGGUUUUUGCUGUUCAUACAUUUUGAACUGAUGUUUUGUACUGGUAUGAAUUAUUGUUGUUCAUUUCAUUUAAGGGGGGUGAUGACUGGGUGUAAACCUCCACCCAGAAGAAAAGAGAGUGUUAACUACCAUGUUUAAGAAGCGCUUAUUUUGUUUUAGUUCACAAGCAAAUAAAUAAUGAUUUU